AUGAGAAGCUUUCUGCUAUUGCGGCAUGUGGUAGCCGUUGUUGUUGCAUUCUCUGUAUGCUUGUCGAGAGCAGAAAACUACAGACUUCAACCUGAGAUCGAAGUCGAGGUCAAGCACGUGACCACACUGUUGGUUCAAGCAUUACAACCGAAUGUGCCGUUGCUCAGCCCUAGGCACGAGAUUGAAUUGUCUCGACUUCGCGUGCAACUAAAGCACGGUGCCAUCAAAGGCGAAUCGAAGUCAAUCAGACAUCGUGUACUGGAAGCUCUAUAUGGCUUCGAGACUUACAAGCAUGGCAAGGUAGCACGAUACCAGAAGCUGUAUCAGAAUGUUUCGCAGAGACAAAGGAAGAUUCUGGAUAGAGCUGUUGGUUACAGCGACACACUCCUUGGAUUGGAGAAGCUCAAAGUCGUUAAUGAAGAUGUGUGCCAUGAGAUAGUGCGCGUAGCUCUAGCGUAUUACAGCAUCAAUCGACAGGAGCUCGAUGAGUUCAUACAACAAGAACAAGCAGCGAACCGACAACCGGACCAUGAGAGUGUUUCUCAGGCAUUGAAGCUUUUUGUGAGAGACUGGGCCAUAGAGGGACACAAUGAACGGCAUGCCACAUUUCCGUGCAUUGAAAGUUACCUCAAGGACAAUUUCGAAAGUGUUGGUGUCAAUGGAGGUAAUAGUGUCGAAAUACUGGUACCUGGCGCAGGUCUCGGUCGUCUCGCUCACGAAAUCGCAGGCUUGAAUGCUAACGAGUGGUCAUCGUUUGUGAAUGCUGCUUACCACUUUCUCAAAGCCAACACGAUACCUGAUACGGUUUCGAUGUAUCCUUUUCUGGAUAUUUGGUCUCACCUGAAGAGUCGGGACGAGAUGCUGCGCCGAAUUAGCUUGCCAGAUGUCACUGUCAACACCUCGCAGGUCCUUCUUGUGGAGGGCGAUUUCACCAGAGUUUUCAAAAAGUCACCAGCCAAGUUUGACGCCAUCGUUACACUCUUUUUCAUUGACACAGCUCGCAAUUUGAUGAAUUACCUCGAAACAAUUAGGCAGCUCCUCAAACCAGGAGGUCUAUGGAUCAACUCUGGACCCUUGUUGUAUGGAACAUCAGCAUGGGUACAACUCUCAUUGGAGGAAAUCUUUCAGGUUGUUGAAGAGAUGGGAUUUGAGUUUCUGAACACGGACAGCGACUGCGGUGAUAUCACGUUGGAAGGGUAUCCAAUCCGUGGUAAGGAAGCUCUGUACAACUUCAACAGCUCAUCUCUGAGCAAAUAUGCCUAUGUUGCGCAACAUUGGGUGGCUAGAAAGCGCCCGAAGUGA